GUUGACUGCAGAAACUGACAAUGACAAAGGUUGGAAACGCCCGAAGUGUGAAAGGAAGACAGGAAGGGGCAUAAGCUAAAGAAAAGAAAAGAAACGAAAAAAAGCUGCAUACUGUCAUACUGAGGCGUAAGUUUUGUGGCGAAGGAAGGUCCCCCCCCUCCUCUCUCUCUCUCUCGUCAAUUCAUUCAACAGUUCAACUGCAACUCCUCGGCUCCACCCCCUCCUCCUCCUCAUCGUCGAAGAAAGAAGAAAUCUGAUGGCGCCAGGAAAAUUCCACCCCGCGUUGCCUCCUCACCGCUUUGCUUUACUAGAGUCUAAAUCUUGAACAGCGCCACAACCUAACCAGCUGCGCUGAGGAAUUUAUUGGUAGUAAACGCUCCAUCAGCUUCAGGAGGGGGAAGGGGAAGGGGAAGGGGAAGGUAACCCAGGUAGCGGCAGACAUCAGUUAUGUUAUACUUGAUUACUUGCAUGUUGGAAGCCCGGGCAUAAAAAAAAGAACAAAUAAAAAAGAAGAAGAAACAAGGCGGGGAAGAGGAGGAAACCCUAUCAAAAAAUUGAGCAAAUAAAAGUUUUUUAUUUAUGUUGGAGAUAUGGAGAAAAGCUCUGUUCAAACUGCUUCAUCUACGCCAAAAAGAGCCGGCUUUCUCCACAACUUCAAGAAUGCUCCUUGCUUUAGAACAUCAUCAUCAGACUCUGGAAAAGGUCGGAGUAAGUCAUCAACUAUGACAGUGUCACAUGGAUUCCACCUAGUGGAAGGGAAAUCUCGUCAUGACAUGGAGGACUAUCAUGUUGCUGAGUAUAAAAAAAGGAAGGGCCACGAGCUUGGAUUAUUUGCAAUCUUUGAUGGUCAUCAAGGGGAUCGUGUGGCAACUUAUUUGAAAGAUAAUCUAUUCAAUAACAUACUUAAAGAGCCAAAUUUCUGGAGAGACCCUAAGAUGGCAAUAGAGAAUGCAUAUCGCUCCACUGAUACAUUUAUCCUAGAAAACUCUAUGCAAUUAGGAACUGGUGGUUCAACAGCAGUAACCGCAAUUGUUAUUGAUGGCAAAGACUUAUGGGUGGCAAAUGUUGGUGAUUCUAGAGCUGUAGUGUGUGAACGGGGAUCUGCGAAUCAACUCACUGUGGACCAUGAACCACAUCAUGAACGGAGUAGGAUAGAGCAGCAGGGCGGCUUUGUGACUACCUUACCUGGUGAUGUGCCCCGGGUUAAUGGUCAACUUGCAGUUGCACGAGCUUUUGGGGAUCAAAGCCUUAAAGCACAUUUAAGUUCAGAGCCUGAUGUGAGACAUGUGCCCAUAGACUCAAGUAUAGAGUUUGUUAUAUUGGCAAGUGAUGGCCUGUGGAAGGUGAUGAAGAACCAUGAGGCAGUUGAAAUGGUGAAAUCCCUGAAAGAUCCUCAGGCAGCAGCCAAGUGUUUAACAACAGAAGCACUGGCAAGAAAGAGUAAAGAUGACAUAUCAUGCAUUGUGAUCCGUUUUGGAUGAUGCUACUGGGAAAAAUAUCAUAAUGACAAUCAGAACCAAAACUCUUCUUGUCGGUGUUUUUUCAUGAACUUUGAACUGGUUUGUUCCAUGUGCAGGAUGAAGUGGACUGUAUCUUUCUUUGUAUUGAUGCACGUCUUAAGAGCAUAGCAAGGUAAUUGUUUGAUGCGUGUAUGUAUGUUAGCAAGGGGUGAGAAACUCAUAUUAAUGCAUGAAUAGCACAUUGUACAUGUGGAUUCUCACUGGGUAUUCUGGCUGGAGGGGGUGCAACUAGUGGAAGUACUCAUCCAGCACUGCAGAGCCCGGGGAGGGGGGGAGGAACCAAUGGAUUCGCAUCCGCUGUGUAUACAUUAAUGGAAAACCAAAAGUACAUUUGGGUACAUUUGUAUUAUAAUACAAGCAUGCUGGCUUAUGAUA